AUGCUGGAGCAAAUUUGCACAUAUGCAUACACAGAUGAAGACUUGAUGCUUUACUGGAAAAGCGGUGAUGAGUCCCUAAGUACGGAUGAUCGGAUUUCAUUAUCACAGUUCCUCAUCCAGAAGUUCCACACUACAUCUCGUUUGGCCUUCUACAGCAGCACAGGCUGGUACAAUCGCCUCUACAUCAACUUCACGCUGAGACGCCACAUCUUCUUCUUUCUGCUGCAGACAUAUUUUCCUGCCACACUCAUGGUCAUGCUGUCAUGGGUGUCCUUUUGGAUUGACCGCCGGGCUGUGCCAGCGAGAGUUUCCCUGGGUAAAAGCAACAUCCUUUUGAGUUGGAAUCCUCAAUAGGGUCAAUCAAGAGCUUGCAAGCUAGCUGGUAACUAGUUUGUGGGUAGCUUGUCAAAGGGAAUAUAUGUGUGUGGUCGUGUUUUCAAUGUCAACUUAAUUUGGGAGAAUGACCAGUUCUACCCCUUAGCCCUCUCUUUACUCCUUAGUUAUGCACGCUCAUGU